CUUUUUAAGUCUCUUGAGCAUGAUGAUGAUUAUAAGCCCAUCUGUUGCAUGCAAUUGAAUCCGAUCAAAUAAAACUUAGAAUCAUGUUAUCCUCCAAUUCCAAUUCCAAUACCAAUAAUCUAUUGUUUGUUAUAUGGUCUGUCUCACUCUUUUACUAUGCUACUAAUAUUAUUUUUACUAUCUCUAUACCUUAUGUGGUGGCAGGGUCCACAUCAUCGGCAUCGUCAAGAGAAUUGGAACUAGAAGCUCUGCAUAAUAGUGGGUGGUGGGAAAACACGUCAGAUGAUCAUUGUAAAUGGACUGGUAUAGUUUGCGAUGAGGCUGGAAGUGUCAUCCAGAUUAACCUACCUCACUGGAAUACAUUGGAAGAUAAAUUGGGGAAACUCAACUUCUCUUCCUUCCCAAACCUGGUCCGACUUGACCUCAGCUGCAAUAUGUUGUAUGAUGAUUUUACACUCUCUGAGUCGGGUGUGCUAGAUCAAAUAGGUACACUUUUAAAACUCAAGUACCUUAAUUUGUCCUCUAAUCGUCUCUAUGGCAACCUACCUCUUUGGCUGACUAAUCUGACUGAAUUAGUAGAGCUUGAUAUUUCUUGGAACGAUUUUAUAUUUGGUUCCAUCCCCCCAGGAAUAGGGAAUCUAAAGAAUUUGAUUUAUCUUGACCUCAGUCACAACCGUCUCCAAGGAACAAUCCCAACGGCUCUUGCCCACUUACCCAAUCUGAUUGAGAUAAACCUUGGUUACAACCAACUCACUGGCUCCAUACCUUCAAGUCUGUGUGAAUUGUCCAAAUUGACAUACUUGUCCCUUGCUUCAAAUCAUAUCAAUGGUUCCGUACCUGAUGGUAUCGGGAAUAUGAAAGGCUUGAUUGCACUAGACCUUUACUAUAACAACAUACAGGGUUCCCUGCCUCAGAUAGCUAAGCUUCCUUCGCUAUCAUACCUAGAUCUCUCAUACAAUAACCUCUCUGGCAUCAUUCCAUUUCCCCCAUCUCUUAUAUGCAAAACAUCCAUCAUUUACUUGUAUGGCAAUCCUUUUCUUGAGAAUAUUGAUUCAUGGUACCAAAAAUCUUAUUCUGUUUCUUGCCAUCCAUCAUCUUCCAAGAAAAGAAUUGCAAUUUUUCUUCCAAUUGCAAUUUUCAUUGUCUCCAUAAUUCUAGGAUAUUUUUACUACUCAAAACGCAAGGUUAAGAAAACCCAGUCUCAGUCCAGAGUGACAAAGCAUGGAGAUUUGUUCUCGAUAUGGAAUUAUGACGGGACAAUUGCAUUCGAAGAUAUAAUCGAAGCAACGGAGGACUUUGACAUCAGAUACUGCAUUGGGACCGGAGGAUAUGGGAGUGUUUACAGAGCACAACUGCCCAGUGGGAAAGUAGUUGCCUUGAAGAAACUCCAUCGCCUGGAAGGCGAAGUGCCAGCUUACGAUAAAAGUUUCAGGAACGAAGCACACUUUCUAUCACAAAUACGACAUCGGAACAUUGUGAAACUCUAUGGGUUUUGUCUACACAAGCAAUGCAUGUUCCUGGUGUAUGAGUACAUGGAGAGGGGAAGCCUUUUUUUGGUCUUGACAAGUGAAGUGGAAGCUAUGGAGUUGGAAUGGACUCAAAGGGUGAAUGUAGUGAAAGGCAUUGCCCAUGCUUUGUCUUACAUGCACCAUGAUUGCACUCCACCCAUUCUUCACCGUGACAUUUCGAGCAACAACAUUCUAUUAGAUUCAGAAUCCAAAGCUUGUGUGGCUGACUUUGGCACUGCUAGAUUGCUGGAUCCUGAUUCGUCUAAUCAUACCGUGAUAGUAGGCACUUAUGGAUAUGUUGCUCCAGAACUUGCCUUCACCAUGGUUGUGACUGAAAAAUGUGAUGUUUAUAGCUUCGGAGUUGUGGCACUAGAAACACUCAUGGGAAGGCAUCCAGGAGAACUUCUCCAAUCAUUAGCAUCAACAUCAACUCAAAAUAUAAUGCUAAAUGAUGUGUUAGACGCACACCUCCAAGCUCCAGCAAGCGGAGUGGUUGCACGGGAUGUUGUUCUGGUUGCUACAUUGGCAUUUGCUUGCUUACAUCCUGAACCAAAGUCUCGGCCGACAAUGCUACGCAUCUCUCAGGAGUUUCUCGCUAGCAGGUACUCACUUGCUAAACCACUGCAAAAAAUCUCACUGUCAGAGCUAAUGAAUCCAGAUACAUAUUUGAUCAAUUAAUCCUGUAAUCUUUGUAUUAGUCACUGCAAAAUACAAAGUGAUAGGGUUAAUUUCUUGCUUGCUGGAUUUGACUUUAUGCAUUCCUAUUACGGCAUCUAAUAAAUCAAGAUGUUCAUCUGUUCAAUUGAUACAUUAAAUUUGUGAAUGUCUCAAGAUGUUUUGUGCCAUCCUAAUGUGUGUGUGAGAGAGAGAUGGGAGGCUUCACGUGGGGAGUAAAGGACAGAAACAUUGCAUCUCAAAUAAAAGACAAUGGCUUUGUUUAUUGAGCAACUGAAAAUGUUGUUUUGGUGGAAA